AGGGUGGCGCUCGUGCUCGCCCGCCUGCUACCAGCGACUCGCGCCCGGGAGCGCAGUAGGGUAGCUGGAGCCGGCUGCAUCCUUUGUGCGGCGCUCGGGUUUCGCCGCGGUGGCACGGGACAGAAUGUGGGCUCUGCGGGGGCUUUUCUCUUCUGCCCAAACUCUGAAAACAAUAGAGUGAAAGGGGAACAUGGAUUGAGGGGCGCGAGCAGGGAGGCGAGCUGCUCUGGGAAAUCAUGACUUCUGCCGCCGAGAUCAAGAAGCCACCAGUGGCCCCCAAGCCAAAGUUUGUGGUAGCAAAUAAUAAGCCGUCUCCUCCACCCGUUGCACCUAAACCUGACAUUGUGAUUGCUAGUGGUCCACAAUCAACAAAGAAAACCAAACCGGCAAUCGCACCGAAACCGAAAGUUCUGAAGAGCUCACCUGUUCGAGACAUUGGGCAGUCAUCAUCAGGAACAAUCUCUGUGAACCUGGAGGAGCAUAAACUGGAAUUACCUGAAAGCACUGACAACUUUAAUUGCAAAAAUGUUGAGGAUCAGAGCAGUGAUUAUAUUUUACCAAUAUGUUCCUGCAGGUCUGAGUGUGUCCAUAAGCUUGGGAAUAGAGAAGAUUCAUAUGUAAAGCAGCUUGUUUUAGAGCCCCUAGAAAUGAAAGAAAAUUUACAAAAUAGUAAAAUUGAUGAGUCCUCUUUGACUGUAAAAACCAAGAGUAGGUGGGAUUCUCGUGGUGAAAAACACAAGAACCAGAGUGGGGUAGUUUUAAAGGCAAGCAUCCUAGAAGGAAAGCUCAAAGAUGUUUUAACACAACAGAUGUCACCUGUAAGUUCCCUGAAGAAGCACAGAUCCACAGACAACCCAGAAAGGAAUGGUGGCUGUAAUUCCAACAGACAAUUCAGAAUUGAACUUGCAGAUUUAUCACCUUCUCUGUCGAGCUUUGUAAAACUUCCUGUUCAUCACAACUGCCAAGUACAGCUUCCGAGGGAUGAGUUUCAAAGUCCUGAAACUUGUCAGGACAGCAGUGAAAAAAGCAAUAGUCACUUUCAUUCAUCUGAUCAAGAAGCUCUAGAAAAUGGUAAAAGGAAUACUUUUAUAUCUUCAGAUGGAGUUAGUAAGAAAACAGAAGUUGAAGACCUUGGUCCCUUAGAAAUUCAUUUAGUACCGUGUACCCCUAGAUUUCCAACUCCCAAGCCCAGAAAGACACGUCCUGCUCGCCUGUUACGCCAAAAGUAUAUAGACACUCCUAGUGAAAGUACUGAAGAACCAGAGAAUUUCAACAACAGCUCGUCUUGUCUUAUUGAGGACAGUUUGAAGAACAACAAAGUCAGUAUUCUUCAUCAGGAUGCUUUGUGUAACCAAGAACAGGUGGACAAAGUGAAACCAGGAAAUAAUAGUGAACUGAAUAGCAACUCCAACGAUGACAGUCAAGAUUUAGUCAAUUCAGAAGCCAUGUGUCAGGAAACAUCUUCCUCUGAAAAAGUGGCACCUUCUUUAGAUACAGACUCUAAUUUGAGUUCUGAUGGUACAUCAGUAGACGGUGCUAGCAUGGCACUUGCCACGGACCAAGGGACCAGUUUUAUAAGAUGCAGUACUCUAUCUUUGAGCCUGCCAAAGCAACUCAAAUUAACGUACAAUGAACAUCUGCCUACUGCCUGUAACUUGGAAGUGUCUAUCCCUCAAAUGCAAAAGGAAUCUAUAGUAAAAGAGGAAAGUUCCUCAAAAAUUGUCCCCAGAAAACCUCAAAGACACAGCUUGCCUGCUGCAGGAGUACUUAAAAAGGCUGCCUCGGAGGAACUUGUGGAGAAAAGUUCAUAUCCCUCAAAUGAAGAAAAAAAUUCAGAGAAGGUUCUAGAAAGAAAUCAUUUGUGUGCCUCAAACCAUGGUAUGUCAUCCCCCUUUGACAUGCCUAAACGAACUUCAGAAAAGCCUGUGUGGAAAUUACCUCAUCCUAUUUUGCCCUUUUUAGGGAACCCAGAAUCCUUAAAGUCUGUUACUACAUCCUCACAUAGUGAGCCUCCCACUGCCCUCACCAAGCCUAGAGCAAAAUCAUUAUCUGCUGUGGAUAUGGACAGGUGCACUAAGCCUUGUAAAGAUUCUCCAAAGAAAACCUCUCUUAAGAAGUGGCUCAAUAUGAAACUGUCCAUCUCUUUCAUGAAGAGUGAUUUUCAGAAGUUUUGGUCCAAGAGUAGCCAGCUCGGAGAGACACACACAGGCAGUUGUGGGGAGCAGAAAGGGACUGAAAGUGACUGGCAUGACCUCAUGGUGGGAGAAGAGAAGAGAAGUAAACCCAUCAAGGCAUAUUCUGCAGAUAAUUACAGCCUGGAAUCUCAAAAGAAGAGGAAGAAGUCACGGGGCCAGACCAGCACAGCUAAUGGUCUGAGAGCUGAGUCUUUGGACGACCAAAUGCUCUCCAAGGAGUCAUCAUGUCAAGUGGUUUGCAGGUCUCUUACAAACAGCUGUGCUCCAGAAUAUGAAAAUAUACGCCAUUAUGAGGAAAUACCAGAGUACGAAAAUUUGCCAUUUAUUAUGGCUGUAGGGAAAACUCGAGAGUUGGAAUGGCAGGAUUCCUGCAGUGGGGAGGAAACUGAUGCAAAUGUGUAUGAGGUAGAAGAACCAUAUGAAGCUCCAGAUGGCCAGUGGCAACUUGGACCCAGACAUCAGCGUUUCAGGACUCAUGCUCUGUUAAUGAACUCUUAUCCACAGGAUGAAGAUGCUGGGAUCAAAAGUAAAGUUCAUCAUAUUGCCAAGGAGAUCAUGAGCUCAGAGAAAGUAUUUGUGGAUGUGUUAAAACUUCUGCAUAUUUGCUUCUUGGACAACAUGGUGUUUACUCUGGAUUUCUCUUCCUUUCAGAUGAGCCCACGUUGUGCUAAUCUGGCCCUCAAGCACUACCUGCUCAAGCCAGUUCAGAGGAUCCCUCAGUACAGGCUGCUUCUGACAGAUUAUUUGAAGAAUCUCUUAGAAGAUUCUGGAGAUUACAGAGACACUCAAGAUGCCCUUGCAGUUGUAAUAGAGGUAGCAAACCAUGCCAACGACACCAUGAAGCAAGGAGACAACUUUCAGAAACUUAUGCAAAUUCAGUACAGCUUAAAUGGACACCAUGAAAUAGUGCAGCCUGGACGGGUUUUUCUCAAAGAAGGAAUUCUGAAGAAGCUAUCCCGGAAGGUCAUGCAGCCCCGAAUGUUUUUCCUGUUUAAUGAUGCCCUGUUGUAUACAACACCGGUACAAUCUGGGAUGUAUAAACUGAACAACAUGCUCUCAUUGGCUGGAAUGAAGGUCAGAAAACCCACCCAGGAAGCAUAUCAGAAUGAAUUAAAGAUUGAAAGUGUUGAACGUUCCUUCAUUCUCUCAGCCAGUUCUGCCACUGAAAGGGAUGAAUGGCUAGAAGCAAUUUCCAGGUCAAUAGAAGAGUAUGCCAAGAAAAGAACCACCUUCUGUCCUAGUAGGAGUCUCGAGGAGGCUGACUCAGAAAAUAAAGAUGAAGUUAGUCCCCUUGGAUCAAAGGCUCCCAUCUGGAUUCCUGAUACCAGAGCCACAAUGUGUAUGAUCUGCACAAGCGAAUUUACUCUGACCUGGAGACGACACCACUGCCGGGCCUGUGGAAAGAUUGUAUGCCAAGCUUGUUCAUCAAAUAAGUAUGGCUUAGAUUACCUGAAAAAUCAGCCAGCAAGAGUAUGUGAACACUGUUUCCAAGAGUUGCAGAAACUAGAUCGCCAGCACUCCCCUAAGGUUGGAUCUCCUGGGAAUCACAAAUCUCCUUCAAGUGCCUUAUCAUCAGUCUUACAUAGUAUUCCAUCAGGGAGGAAACAGAAAAAAAUCCCAGCCGCUCUCAAAGAAGUAUCAGCAAACACAGAAGAUUCUUCUAUGAGUGGCUAUUUGUACAGAUCAAAGGGCAAUAAGAAACCAUGGAAACACUUGUGGUUUGUCAUAAAAAAUAAAGUGUUGUAUACAUAUGCUGCAAGUGAGGAUGUGGCAGCUUUGGAGAGCCAGCCUUUAUUAGGAUUCACUGUCACUCAAGUCAAAGAUGAGAAUUCAGAGUCUAAAGUAUUUCAGUUACUGCACAAAAACAUGUUAUUUUAUGUGUUCAAAGCAGAUGAUGCUCACUCAGCUCAGAAGUGGAUAGAAGCAUUUCAGGAAGGCACAAUAUUAUAGCAGUAUUGGUUUCAUCUUUUCUGUGAUUCCAAGGAAGUGGAAUUUCAUCAGAAUGGAGUAAAAGCAAUUCAAGCAUUUUAUAAAAAUAAACACUGCCAAGAUAAAUCCAACCAAACACUUCAUCAGAUAUAAGAAAUUAUUUUGUUAGGUAUAAGGAGUUUUUUUAAUUAAUGUUUGCUUUUUCAUGUAUGUUAUUUAUUAAAGUUGUGAUGUUUACUUAAUGGUCAGAAUUGUUUCUGAGAUGCACACUGAAUUCUAAAGUACCAUAAUACCUUAAUAUUAUAUACAGUGUUAAUUAUUUGUGACACAGUCCACAUCAUUUUCUCUGCUUUUACACUGUGACAUUUUCACUAGUGACAAAUCUUUGUAAGUUAAAAAAAAACACAUCAAGAAGCAAAUUUCCAUGUGGUGCUUGGUUUAGAAAUUAAGAUUAUCAUAAAAAUGCUGGUGAAAAUGCAUAUCUUUGAAUUAAUAAGUUAGAUGAAUUUUUUUAAUCUUUCAAUGAAAAAUAUAUGGCUAGCUUCUACCUCAGUAACUGUGAAAUGAAAUUUCAGUAAAUUGUCUAAAGUAUUUCUACCUUAUGUAUGUCUUCUGGCAUGAGUUAAUAUUAAUCAUCAAAGAAUUAUAACAAAGGAAUAGAAAUCUGACUUUUAUCAAACUGUGAGUAGGAAUGAGGAUGUUUUCAUUUGCAGAGACACAAGUAAUCAACUCUAUGGGCUUUUCAUUAAUUGAGUAUUUUUUUAAAUAGCAAAAUAUGGCAAGUAUUAUUUUAUAUAAUAUUCCCUGCUAUUUUGAGAAUUCUGAGCCCAAGUCAGGUAUUUAUAAGUGUUACAUUUCCUAUAAUGUUGAGCUUUAAAAAAAAAAAAUGAACUGGAAUUACCAUGUUAGAAAAGCACAAAUUCUAAGCCAAUAUCAACUGAAAUUGUAUAGUAUUCUUUUUCAUUUGUGAUGUGACCUUAGUAAUAAAAAUACCUUUUUUUUAACUA